UAUCAUAUGUUUUAUCAUAUUUCGUGAUAUGCGUCAAGCAAACUUUGCAGUCAGAUGCGCAGUGAAAGUCAUUUUUCUUUAAUUAACAAUCUAGGGCAAGUUGACGAUUGUGUGUUCAAAUUGUUCAACAGUUUUUUUUCUGUAAACGAUACAUUUAUAUAUCAAGUUACUUAAGAAAAUAUUAACUGUCCUUAAUCGAGCCAAAACGAUAUCGUCGAACAACGAUGAAGCAACAGAUAAUUGAUUCCAAAGCGAAUCCUAGCUCAACCGGGGAAGCAGACGACUGUCUCUUCGAAUAUUUACACGCCGAGCUGGUCAAUUAUGUUUUGAGCAGAUCGUCUAAUGCUGCAGGCACAUCUAAUGCUGCUUGCUCGUCUAAUGCAGAAGGUGAGGAGGAGCUCUCGCGUUUAGAAUGGAUGGGCUUCAGCGUCGGAUAUAGAAUUAUUGAACGACUGACGAGAGAGUGGAGCAGGUUCAAGGACGAGCUGGACAUGAUCAAGUUUAUCUGCACAGACUUCUGGUCUAGCCUGUAUCACAAACAAAUCGAUAAUCUCAGAACUAAUCAUCACGGAGUAUACGUGUUGCAAGAUAAUGCCUUUAGGUUGCUAGAUAAAGUUGGUACGAGCAAUAGUAAGCAGUACCUCAAGGAGAGCCCUCGUCUACUGGCUUUUACUUGUGGCCUUCUCCGAGGUAGUUUAGCGAAUCUUGGCAUUAUUAGCACUGUCACAGCAGAAACUACUACGUUACCAAGCUGCAAAUUCCACGUUCAAGUUCAAAAGAUUUAAUAGCCAUUCUGAGCGACUCGAGAAAUAAGAAGAUAGAGAAGUGUAAAAAGGUACAUAUAUAGUAAAAUCUCUUAUGUGAAAUAUAAGGAAAUAUGAUUAGAUAUUCAUCGUACCAUGUCAUACAUAUUUUUAUUGUAUUUAGUGGAAAAAAUAUAUUAAUGUGUUGCCAGGGAUGAAACACUUUCUGAUAUUCAUCUUGUAUAAUGUUUAUAUCCAUUUGUAAACUAUGCUCCGAUCCCAAAAUAUAAUGA